ACGGGUCUUUGGAUGGAUACACAACGUAUCGACUGACUGCAUGCGUCGGUUUCCCCGCAAGUGUCUUUUCAUGCAUAGGCACUUCUCAAUCAUAAUAUCACCAACAGCCGACCUCCUUCUUCUUCAAUCAUCAGCAUCCCUUAGAGAAUAAUUCACUUUCUUGUUGGAUACACACUCACACGGCCACUAUUCCUACACCAGAAUGAGACUCCCUAACCAACAAACAUCGGGCUAUUCACUAGUCCCUGAUGAGACUGGUAAUCCACCUUCCAAGAGAUGGACAAUCCGUUUCGGCUCUAUCUUCCAUCGUCUGGUAUUUCCUCUCACGUUAGUGUUUUCUUUCUGCGCUGGGCUAGCGGUAAAAUCUCUAGCCGAGAGCUCAAUGAUCCCUACACAAACACCUGUCGAUCUCAACUCCGAACCAACCCCUGAAGGAGCACCAAGUCACCCGACCUUUAGGACGAUAUUCACCUACAAUCGCACUUUCGGCGCCGAUCCACUAGAGGACCCUCUCACCGAGGAUGCGUGGGACUCAAUAUUACCUUUGGGCCAAGGCACAGUCAUCUUAUCAGACAGUUCUCAAGUCUACGUCGUGUCUGUCAUGCAUCAACUUCAUUGUCUGUGGUCGAUCCACCAAGCGUUCUACACGGCAUUACAUGCGGAUCCUGCAAAGGUUGACCUGCAAGACUUCGCUCAUAUGCGACACUGCUUCGACUACAUCCGGCAGGCGCUUAUGUGCUCGGCAGACGCGACUCUGGAGCCUGUUGAUCCGGUACUUGGUGGGGUGACGGGAUGGAACGGUACACACGUCUGCAAUGACUUCAGCAGUUUGGCGGCGUGGGCAGAAGGUCACCGAACCAAUAACCUUAAAGGUUUCCGCGAAGGCCACGAAGCCGGAGGCCAUCACCACUCACGUUAGAGUAGGUCACGAGGCAAAAUGCUCCGUUUUUUUUCUUGUAUGGUACAUUAGGGAGUGAUUGACUUGGAUGUGAUGUAGCAGCUCCAUGCACCUGCUUGGGGGUCUACGCGAAGGACGUCUGAUAGUCAAGAAUGAAGGCUCUUAUGUCAAA